UACCAUUUGUAAUGGAUAUGUUUACCUAAUCGGUCUAUACAAGAGGGUUGAGGCUCGUCAUCUCCGUCACACACCAUCUUUGUCCCUCAUUUUCACCAACCACACACACUCUCUCUCUCUAUCUCUAUUGCAGUUCAACUCGCCGUACCGGAGAACUGAAAUCGGCAACUAUGGCAGCUACAUUUGCUUCAGUGUCGAAUUUAGGCUCAAUUUCAGUUCCACGAGUUGCGAACCCUACAUAUGCUGCUUAUCCGAAGUUGCUGAAAUCUUCAUUCUCAUCGUCAAGCUUAUUUGGUGGUUCGUUGCGUCUGGACACUUCUUCAAACCGUUCGGUUCACAAAAAAACCGGCGGUUCAUCUGGUUCUAUUCAAGCCGCGGUGGAGGUGGCGGAUUUGCAAUCCAAAGUGACAAACAAAGUUUAUUUUGAUAUUAGCAUUGGGAAUCCUGUUGGAAAACUUGCUGGGCGAAUUGUAAUUGGAUUAUAUGGUGAUGAUGUGCCACAGACAGCUGAAAAUUUCCGUGCACUCUGCACAGGUGAGAAGGGCUUUGGCUUCAAGGAUUCUGCAUUUCACCGUGUUAUUAAAGAUUUCAUGAUUCAAGGGGGUGAUUUCGACAAGGGAAAUGGAACCGGUGGUAAAAGCAUAUAUGGUCGUACCUUCAAGGAUGAAAACUUCAAGUUGGUUCAUACCGGACCUGGGAUUGUUAGCAUGGCUAAUGCAGGGCCUAAUACCAACGGAAGCCAAUUCUUCAUUUGCACUGUAAAGACCCCAUGGCUGGAUCAAAAGCAUGUUGUGUUUGGGCAAGUUUUAGAAGGCAUGGACAUUGUGAAGUUGAUCGAGUCCCAGGAGACUGAUAGGGGUGACCGUCCAAGGAAGAGGGUUGUCAUCAGUGACUGUGGUGAGCUACCUAUAGUUUGAGGCGAGAAUAUAACUGUUUAGCACUUCAUCUUUGCACACAAUGGAUAUAUGGACCGUUGUGAGAUAUAGAGCAUAUUCAGUAGUGAGUUUUCAUCCAAAUCCCAGGCUUUUUUUCUUCUUCUUUUUCUGGGUUUGUUGGAUUUCAAAUUACAGGGUAAAAAGUUCUUGCUAGAAGCGACUACGAUGUUUUCCUGUUAACGUGGAUGUAUGCAAUUUCAGUUAACAUUGAAUAUUGAUGGGAUGGUAAGAGACUAUUGUUGCUUUUAUACGCCCAUGAAUAUGGAUUACAUUUGUCGUGAUUAAAA